UCCCAUUACUAAACCUUUCAACAUUUCUUUUAUUUAAAACCUCAUUCCUCUCAAACUUAACUAAACAACAUCCCAUGGCUCCUGCUCCUCAACUUCCUACACCAUCUGAAACAAUAACUACCGAUGCAUCAUCGGAAAACAACAACGUUACCAUCACUGGAAAGAUAUACACAAGAGUCCGUCUGGCUACGAAAUCUGAUCUGUCUCAUAUAUACCAAUUGUUUUACCAAAUCCAUGAAUACCAUAACUAUACUCAUUUAUACAAAGCUACGGAGUCCUCCUUAGCCAAUUUACUUUUUAAAGAAAAUCCUCUUCCACUUUUCUACGGGCCAUCCGUACUUCUACUUGAAGUCUCUCCAACCCCUUUUAACGAACCCAAAAAUACCACAAAUGAAGGGUUCAAGCCUGUCCUUAAAACCUUCGACCUUAAAUUCCCUGUGGUGGAAGGACAAGUUGAGGAAUUCAGAUCCAAAUAUGAUGAUGGGAACGAUAAGAGUGAUGUUUACAUCGCGGGAUAUGCUUUCUUUUACGCUAAUUAUUCGUGCUUUUAUGACAAGCCUGGAUUUUAUUUUGAGAGUCUUUACUUCAGGGAGAGUUAUAGAAAGUUGGGAAUGGGGAGUUUGUUGUUUGGAACAGUUGCAUCUAUUGCUGCCAACAAUGGGUUCGUAUCGGUAGAGGGAAUAGUAGCAGUUUGGAAUAAGAAAUCAUAUGAUUUUUACAUAAAUAUGGGAGUUGAAAUAUUUGAUGAGUUUAGGUAUGGCAAGUUGCAUGGUGAAAAUCUUCAAAAGUAUGCUGAUAAAAAGGACGAAAACGGCGAAGGGAGCUGUUGGUAGAGAAUGGCUUUUUGUGUGCGUAAUUGUGCAAUUUAUUAAUAUCUAUUUGUAAUAAUAUUGUAAAACCAGAAUGCUCAUUAUAUUUGUAAUUUGAAAAUAAAUAAAUUGGUAAUUGUGAUAUUAUAUUAAAUCCCUGGGU